UGCGGCGGUGUCGGUCGCUGCCCGCCGCUAGGCUGGCGAGGGCCGCGGGCGCGGGGGCUUCGGCCGCCGCGGAUGGGAGGCGGCGCCGGGGCAGGCGAACGACGGAGCCGCGGCCACCAUGGGAAACAAGCAGACCAUCUUCACCGAAGAGCAGCUGGACAAUUACCAGGAUUGCAGCUUCUUCAAUAAGAAAGACAUCCUCAAGCUCCAUGCACGGUUCUACGAGCUGGCCCCCAACCUCGUCCCGAUGGACUACAGGAAGAGCCCUAUCGUCCACGUGCCCAUGAGCCUCAUCAUCCAGAUGCCAGAGCUCCGGGAGAAUCCCUUCAAGGAAAGGAUCGUGGAGGCCUUUUCUGAGGACGGCGAGGGGAACCUCACCUUCAAUGACUUUGUUGACAUGUUUUCCGUGCUCUGUGAAUCAGCUCCCCGCGAUCUCAAGGCAAACUACGCCUUCAAGAUCUAUGACUUCAACACUGACAACUUCAUCUGCAAGGAGGAUUUGGAGAUGACACUGGCCCGGCUCACCAAGUCGGAGCUGGACGAGGAAGAGGUGGUGCUCGUGUGCGACAAGGUCAUCGAAGAGGCUGACCUGGAUGGCGAUGGCAAGCUGGGCUUUGCUGACUUUGAGGACAUGAUCGCCAAGGCCCCUGACUUUCUCAGCACGUUCCAUGUCCGGAUCUGA